AUGUCUUCCUUCCUGCUAUUCUGCAUUGCCCAGAUUCCUGCUACGACAAUCAAUACCCUGCUACAAGCUCCGGAACACAACUUUUUCUCUUUAGUUCGCGAGCCGGCGCAGCCAUCAUUCGAUCCAAAAUGCACUGAGCCGCCCGUUCAAUCUUUCACGACUGGAUUCCUCGAUUAUUCCCGAAAGCAAACUCGUGAGUUCGUCGUUAAGCGACUCCCUACCGCUCCUGAGGGUACUAUGCUUGAGCCGGAACAGUAUGCUUUGCUUGAUGAGCGCAGCGCCCGUGACAAUACAGUCGUUCUCGGUCACGCCUUCUCAAGCGUUCACGAUCGCGAUCCGGAUACAAUGACAGAGGAGGAGCGCGAGCAGUGGGAGCGAGAUACUGACGUUGACGCACCUAAUGAUUUCUGGUGCGAGUUUCGCGUCAAGUUCGAGGACGCGGAUCGGAUGGCGACAGUCUUGACAUUCCCGAGCGAUUUCACAUCGAAGCUCUUUAAUGAAGCGUUUGUGGAGGAACACACUGAUCAGGGGGUGUUUCUCGUUGCUCGUGCCCAACGUGCGCAUGAGAGCUCCGCGGGCAUUUAA